AUGCUAUGUAAGAGACACGUCUUCCUCGAUCUCGCAAACUUACUCCCUCCCCCAUCCCCUCCACAAACUCCACCUGCGGUAUCUCCACCUCGUCACUUACUUCGCCUUCCCGAGGAGUUGCAAGAGAAGAUCUGGCGUCUCACCCUCCCCGACUUCAGGGUGCACCGAGUGAUCAUUAAGAUACAGUCCAGCUAUGAUGAGUGGUGCGAGCCUGAGCCUGAGGAUUGGCCAGGUCUGGAGGGCCUCGAGACGCUGUACCUGGAGCGACCUAUCUACCGUUGGCGCCAGAUCAUCGAAUCCCCACGACGACCAGCUGGCCUUGGCGUGUGCAGAGACAUUCGAAGAAUUAUUCUCUCGUUCUUUCGCGAAUUCCCCAGGCGACGUAUUCGACACCUCGUUCAGAACGAUGAAGGGCAGAAUCGCUUUUUGGAUAUCGACGCAUUAGAGGGUGAUUUAAAUGUCGGCCUGUGCAAUCCAGAAACAGACAUGCUCUUUAUCGAUGGGAGCUCUGCGAUGUUUCCCCUCAACCUUCGCAACAUUCCCGUCAUGGGCGUGUCAGUCCAGGUCGAGAAGGUCGGUGGCGUAGGGCCUUCUCUGGCCUGCGACCAUCUCGCGCGGAUCGUGGCUCCUCACUACACCCCUCGCCUGUUACACAUCACCGCUGUGUAUGCCUGGCGAAUGAACCCCCACGCGCGCCAUGUAUACUGUGACGUGAUGCAGUUCCCCCACUACGGCCGCGACGAUGGUCGAAUCACUAUAGGAGAGCACUUUGAAGAUAAAGAGGUGACGAGGCUUGAUGAGAACGAUAUGAGCAGCCACACUACGCUUGUCCUGUCGACAAUGCCUAUGGAGCCUAAGGGUUAUAGAAGCCAUGAUAAAAUGAGCAGCGAUUCUUACGGAGGAUAA